AUAUAGCAACCAAACUCUAGCGCCCGCCGUGGCGGUUGUGCCGCGCCGCCAUGAAAACCGAGCCUCAAUCGAGACGCUCCGGCGACAGCUCAACCUCGAGUGGAGGCGACAUGGUCAGCCCACUGUUGAGCGGAGGCGGCAAGACUCCGCGGGAGGAGAUCCUCAUGCAACCGGACGUCUACAUCGGCUCGGUUGAGAAGCGUACGCAGAAGCUCUGGGUCUACGAGGGCGCCAGGAUGAAGCACCGCGAGGUCACUUACGUACCAGGUCUCUACAAGAUCUUCGAUGAGGUCCUCGUCUACGCCGCCGACAACAAGCAGCACGACCCCACCAUGAAGUACCUCAUCGUUGAAAUCGACGCCGCUCAGUGCCGCAUCUCCGUCUUCUACAACGGAGACGGGGACGGGAUCCCGAUUGAGGUCCACAGCCAGGAGGAGGGCGUCUACGACAUGCCGGAGAUGGUCUUUGGCCACCUCACCAACUGCGAGUCUGCGACCCCAACGUGGAAGAGGUCUCUGGCGGGAGGAGCAGUUACGGCGUCAAGCUUGCCAAUAUAUUCUCGACGGAGUUCGUCGUCGAGGUCGCUGACAGACGCCGAGAGAGGAAGUACAAGCAGGUUUUCUCUGAAAAUAUGGGGAAGAAAUCUGAACCCCAGGUUACAUUUUCCUUGAAAGGGGAAAAUUGGACCAAGGUCACCUUCAAGCCUGACAUUGCCAAGUUCAACAUGACUCAUCUUGAUGAUGAUGCCAUUGCCCUCAUGGACUGCUUGAAAAAGGAGCUCCUAUGUCAUGUGACCCAAUGGAUUGGGGACAAAUGAUAAAAACUUCCUUUCUGUGUUUAAGGUUUAUACCAGUGUUGAUAUCUGUAGUCUAUAAUAUCACGCGGAUUAUUAUGGAGUUAAGUGUCUAGGAACUAUUUCAGUGCAACUAGCAGCUGAGUACCCUGCAACUGCAACCAGGGUUUCAGCUCCACGCUCACCCCGAUCUCCCAUUGCCUAGUGCAUGGUUGGGCUUGGUUAUCUAUGACAAAUCGGUUGAUAGA